GCGAAGAGCCAUCUGAUCACAAAGUAAAACUGAAGGGGAAGGAUUGGGGCAGAAUUGCGGAGCACAAAGAAAUGGGCAUGAGGACAAUGGAGUGGGCGGCUAGGGCAAACCACCUCGGCGGCGUGCCAAGAAAGGUGGUUAUCGCGGCUGUAGGCUGCUUUGCCAAGGCCGUGGCCAAUCUGAUCAACACCACAACCGUCCACAACGCCGACACCCUCCUCCACCUUGUCCGCUCUCGCCCUCCCGGAAUUCCUCUCAUCACCGUCAGCAAUCACAUGUCUACGUUGGAUGAUCCUGCAAUGUGGGGAUUCAAAGGUUUUCCUACUUGUGAUGCGAAAUUGGCAAGAUGGGUAUUGACUGCUGAAGAUAUAUGCUUUACAAACACAGUAUUCUCUUACUUUUUUCGCCUUGGAAAAUGCAUACCCAUUACAAGAGGAGGUGGAAUUUAUCAAGAACAUAUGAAUGAAGCAGUUGAUCGCUUGAGUUCUGGAGCUUGGUUGCAUACAUUCCCAGAAGGGAAGGUGUGUCAAGAAGAUUCUCCCAUUCGGCGACUAAAGUGGGGUACUGCCAGUCUCAUUGCCCGUUCCCCUGUAACUCCAAUAGUUCUUCCAAUCAUUCAUCAUGGCUUUGAAAAGGUCAUGCCUGAGGAAUAUAUGUUUGGCAGAAGACCACCUUUUCCUUUGUGCAACCAAAAGAUAAGUAUCGUUGUGGGCGAGCCAAUGGAAUUUAACCUUCCUGUGUUGAUACAAAUGGCAUUAUCAGCUUCCGGAUGCUCAUCAUUUUUGAGUGGUCAGUGGCCCCAAACCGUGGAGGGUGGACUGGAUGAGGCAGCCCAAAGAUAUCUUUACACAAACAUAUCAGAUCAAAUACAAACUGCAAUGGAAAGGUUAAGAAGUUUUUGUGCAGCUGAUAUGAAGUCAAAGGAGUGUAGUUCGAUAUCUUCUGAGAAAUAAAAUUAGCUUCUUGGUGGAACUUAUAUGGCUUUGAAAGAAAUUUGGAAGUGAAAAGGCUUUGCUUCUUACAAAGAGCUUCACCUGUAUUCAUGUUUUUAGAAAGCAGGAAUCCUCUACCUGAAUUUGUACUUUCAUUAACACAAGUUUGAAGAACAUGUUUGCAUCCUCACCUGUAUUUGUAGCUUGACUGAGCCACUAAGGGAACAUUAUUUGAUUGCUGAAAAAUAAAUUGUUGUAAACAGCGGGACUUUAAUGAGAUGACUUCUUUUCCUUAAGUAAA